AUGUCUGAUUACGACCAUUUCGGGAGCUCUGAGGAGGAGAGCGCCGAGAUCAAGAAGCUCCAGGCUGAUGUGGAUGCCGAUCCCGAUAACUUCGAGACCUGGGAGAAGCUGAUCCGCGCCUGCGAGGGUUUGGAGGGCGGAUUGAACCGCAACUCCAGCCCCCAGGCCCUGGCUACUCUUCGCGAUGCAUACGACCGUUUUCUCCUCAAGUUCCCUCUGCUCUUUGGCUACUGGAAGAAGUACGCCGAUCUCGAGUUCAAUAUCGCUGGGCCCGAAUCAGCCGAGAUGGUUUACGAGCGAGGAUGCGCCAGUAUCACCAAUUCUGUCGACUUGUGGACCGACUAUUGCUCCUUCAAAAUGGAGACCACCCACGUCCCACACCUCGUCAGAGAACUUUUCGAACGCGGUGCUACCUGCGUCGGCCUAGACUUCCUCGCCCACCCCUUCUGGGAUAAGUACAUUGAAUAUGAGGAGCGCCAGGAGGCCCAGGACAAGAUUUUUGCCAUUCUGUCCCGCGUCAUCCACAUCCCGAUGCACCAGUAUGCCCGGUAUUUCGAGCGUUUCCGCCAGCUAUCCCACAGCCGUCCCGUGACCGAGCUGGUCCCCGCUGAGACGUUGGCCAAGUUCAAGGCUGAGGUCGAGGCUGAAAGUGCCCAGUUUGCUGGCGUUCAGCGAACGGAACUCGAGAUUGAGCGCGAUGUUCGCACCAAGAUCGACGCCAUGUACUACGAGUACUUCACUCAGACCCAGGCCGAGACGAACAAGCGAUGGACCUACGAAUCCGAGAUGAAGCGGCCCUACUUUCACGUGACGGAGCUGGAGAGUUCUCAGCUCGCUAACUGGCGCAAAUACCUCGACUUUGAGGAAUCUGAAGGUAACUUCACCCGUAUCGUCUUCCUUUACGAGCGGUGCUUGGUGACGUGUGCUUUUUACGACGAAUUCUGGUUCCGGUACGCCCGGUGGAUGUCUGCGCAGGAGGGCAAGGAGGAAGAGGUUAGGAUCAUCUACCAGCGAGCGAGUACUCUGUAUGUGCCCAUCAGCCGUCCGGGCAUCAGGCUGCAGUUUGCCUACUUUGAGGAAAGCUGUGGGCGCGUUGACAUCGCUCGCGAUAUUCAUGCGGCAAUCCUCAUGAAACUCCCCGACUGCAUCGAGGUCAUCACCUCCUGGGCUCACCUCCAGCGCCGUCAGAGCGGCCUGGACGCGGCUAUCGAGGUGUUCAAGGCGCAGAUCGACUCUCCCCAUGUGGAUAUCUUCACUAAGGCUGCUCUUGUUACCGAAUGGGCACUCUUCCUGUGGAGGGUUAAGGGUUCUGUCGAAGAGGCACGUAAUGUGUUCCUCAAAAACGUGCAGUGGUAUGCCGACAGCCGCGUCUUCUGGAACAAAUGGCUCGAGUUCGAAUUGCAACAAGCCACGAGCACGGAGGUGGAGGACCAGCAUGGCGAUCGCGUCAAGCAGAUUUUCGAUGAACUCCGGACCAAGAGCCGCCUGUCAGCUUCGACGAAGAAGGAACUGUACCAGAUUUACUUGUCCUACCUGCAGCAGCGGGGCGGCAAGGAUGCGAUGAAGCAGUUUUUGACUGUUGACAGGGAGAUUUUCGGGCCAAGCUCCAUUUCUCUGCUCAACAAGGCGACCGCCAAUGGCAAAGAGAACGGGAUAGCCGGCGCUGAAAUGGACGAAGCGACCAGAUACCGGGCUGAAGCCAGAUACCUCAGGUACUAUGAAAUUCAGGGCGAACCGGACCUCGAGGGCCAGGCGACAGCGCCUUUCAACUAG